AUGUCACUGGCCGCUAAUGUAUCAAGAGCCAGUGGAUGGCGUGCCCAAGGCAAUUACACCACGGUAGCCGACGCGUUUCCCCAACUCACCAACCUGACUCUCGAUCCAGGUACAGGAUUCAGCCCUCGAAUGGGCGGCCAGAACUUCACUCACUGCUGCCUGCUUGCCGUCAACGAAUCUCUUGAUAUCAAAGACGGCUCUAUUGUCGAGAGACCAUCGUCCUUCAUCAAAUCUACAGUGCAAGAUCUGCUUGCUGCAACGGAGGCAAAUCAGUUCCCGUGCACCGCCAAAUGGGAUGGCAACACUGCCGGCGCUCCUCUUGUGGAAGUUCCAUACUCGUGGUUAGAGGAAACUUGCCCUGGCUGGCAAUUGUCAAGAUCGAAACCGGAGUCACAGUGGAUUUCACCCUUCGUUGGAUUCCUCCUGCCCGCAGUCGUGUUCUGUCUCAUGAUUCCACGUCGAAGAAAGCUCGCUGUUUGGAGUAAGCUGUUCAUCCCAGACUUGUCCCAGGUCAUGUCAUGGGUCAUAGCGCCGUUUGCCAUGCUGGUAGCUGGCAUAAUCGUCGCGAGUGAUACCAUUGCAUGGUUGUCGGUAUGUUUCGCCUUUGGCAGCCCAAUGCUUCUGAGCGGAUUUUACGAAGCCUAUCUCGAUUAUAUGAUCAUCAGCUUUCUUCAGGAUAAAUUGCAGAAUUGUCGUUUAACAAUCGAUAUGAAAGCUCGACUUCUUUUUGUUAUUCUUUGCGGCAAUCUGGAUCUAGAUCCUGAGGCGAUGACAUUGGAUGAGGAGAUGUUGGAUUUGCCACCACGAGAGGUUGCGAACGAAAAAUGGCCAGAUAUUACCCAGAAUCCGAAUCGUGACGCCCUAAAUCUUAGCUCACCGUGGACCCACGUCGAAAAUUUGGUUCAUGAGCUUAGAACAUAUAAUGACGCCACACUUCAGACUCCAAGGCAAUGGCCGAUGCACGAUACCACAUGCACAGUUCCGAUGUGUACUGAGUUCAAAUGCAUCGAAAGGCCAAUUUCCAGAACUCAGAAAAUCCAGAAAGAAAUUGGCAGAGCGAAAACUAGGUUACGAACAAUGCUAGCAUGCCAGUAUUCAUUCGGUGCUACUGUUGGUGCCCCAGUUGUGUUCUUCCUCGGGACAUUUGUGUUCACCAUUGUGACAACCCUCUCAAAUCUCGGUGACAACGACACGAGCUUGGCAUUAGCGUUUGGAAUGUGGUACAUGAUCAUCCCCCAUAUAUCCAUUGUAUCCGGUCUCCUUCUAGCUGGUAAUAACCCGAGCACCCUCGAAGGAGUGGUUGCUCACGAAUUUGGGGACACCGACCGUCGUCUCCCAGCCCAAAAACACUUGGGUACUCGGAUCUUUGAGCUUGCCUACGACAGUCGAUAUAGGCCCCAAUGGCUGUGGUUUCGUGGACGAAGCAAAAGACAUUGGAUCGAAAGGGUUUGGAAAACAUACGAGUUUCGACAUCCAGCCGGAGAAAGGGGACCAAUGGUUCCCGACGAGGACAUGGUAGCACUGAGGCGAGCAGCUGCAUUAAGCACAAAGAGCUGGGGCGUCAUUAUUGGAAUGACAUUGUUACUUAUGGGGGUGCCCUUCAUACUCGCCUUUCUUACAGCUUUCUACACCCCGCAGGUCGGAAUCAGCUGUCGGACAUUAACAUUCACAGUCUAUACCAUCACCCAGUUAUGCCAAAUAACUCUUUGGCUUUGGGCCUAUGCUGGUGCACCAGAGGAAGGAGCGUGCCCUCAGUUCUUGCGCAAAGGAGGAUUUCUGCACCAGACUGGGUUCUACACACCAACAGACGUUUCUUCUCUGCGUUCACGCCAUACUUUCUUCACCCUUAGAUCCCUAUGGUCAAUUGUUUGGUUUAGCUUGGCAAUCAUAUUUGGUCUUGGCGGUGUCUUUACAGCAAUCGGAGGCACCGUUAUGCAGCUUAUGGGCGUCUAUCGAAGCGGAUUCUGCGACUUGAAUGCCGAAUGGUGGAUUCGACCUCAUGAUAAUACCCCAGUUGUGAUUAGUACGAAUUACGCACUUGCGAUUGAAGACGCCAACAGGUACUGGCUGGCCUGUGGCAUUACCGCAACGCUGUUCCUGGCUGUGGUUUGUUUUUGCGGAUGGUGGUAUCAACGUCGGUUGAGGGGACUUUUCAGGGAUCUAGUGAGCAGUCUUGGGGAUGUCAGCAAAGAACGGGAGGAGAUAAGAGCUGCUCUGGCGAGAGACUGA